AGGACGAGGUCGGCAAUAUAUGGCCAGUUGAUUCUGCUGGGCUCUGGUUACCUUUCGUGGUGAGCUCGGAUCAUUCAUACUCAUCUGGCACCCCGAAAGCAUGACAUUUGAGUGGUCAAUAUGCUCCACAGCCCAAGGUGUUUAUUGGCGGCAAGGAAGUUCGCCGACGUAUUAAACAAAACUGCAUGCCGUGUGUUUCCUGAGAUAACUUGUGGUGGAAGUGUGGCAAAUAAUAUUUUGAUUAAGGUGGCUAUGAGCACUGAAGCGAAAAAAAUGAAAACAGGCGUUCAGAAAAUCGGUACUCACAGCGGCAAUUUCCAUUGCGAUGAAGCGCUCGCUUGUUUCAUGCUGCAACAAUUGGACCAGUAUAAAGAUGCUGAAAUCAUUCGUACACGUGAUAUUGACACUUUGAAUGGUUGUGAUAUUGUCGUGGAUGUUGGAGAUGUUUUCGAUCCGGAACGGAAGCGGUUCGACCAUCAUCAGAAGUCGUUUCAAGAGACCCUCAGCAGCUUGCGACCAGAAUUGGGUAAUAAAUACAAUAUCCGAUUAAGUUCAGCUGGUCUAGUUUACACUUUCUUCGGUGAAGAAGCCAUCAAGAAUAUCCUAAAAUCUCGGAAAAUCGAGCUCCCCCCAAAAUCUCUCCACAGUAUAUAUCGAAAAAUCUAUGAGAACUUCAUUGAAGAAAUAGAUGCCAUCGACAAUGGUGUUCCAAUAUGCGACGGCGAACCAAAAUACAAAAUUACAACUGGCAUCAGCGCAAGAGUUGGCUACUUCAAUCCACCAUGGAAUCAUGAUGGCACACUUAAGGAGAAUGAGCAAUUCGAAAAGGCCAAAUCGUACGUAGGCGCAGAGUUGGUGGACAAAAUCUUACAUUACGCGACCGUAUGGCUCCCAGCUCGCGAUAUUGUAUCCGAUGCUUUGAAUAAUGCGAAAGAAAUUCAUGAAAGUUUAUCAAUUAUGGAGCUGUCUAGUGGCUGCCCAUGGAAGGAGCAUUUAUUCGAUUUAGAACAGGAGCGUGAAAUCUUGGGUCAGACGAAAUAUGUCCUGUUUAAAGACGUUAAACCAAAUGAUUGGCGGGUUAUGUGUGUUCCGAUCAAACCAGAUAGUUUUAUUUGUAGAAAAUUUUUGCAUAAGGACUGGCGUGGAAUACGUGCUGAGGAAUUAAGAAAGGCAUCAGGUGUUGAAGAUGCAAACUUUUGUCAUGUAACGGGUUUUAUUGGUGGUGCUGCAUCGCGAGAGGGCGUGUAUCAAAUGGCUGUGAAAAGCUUGAGUGGAGAUUAUGUUGAUUGAUGUGGCGAUUGUAAAAAGCAGUGUCAAAGACGGUGAAUUCUUCAAUAAAAAGUAAUCUACUUCAGAAA